CCAUAAAUACCCCUCACCCAUUCUCCAAUCUCCUUCAACUUUCUCUCUCUAGAAACUCACAAACUUUCUCUCUCUAGACCCCAAUAAAAAUGGUGCACUAUCAAAGAUACAUUCAACUCAGAAAAGGGGUCACAGUAGCAACAUAUGUUGAUGAAGAAGAUGCAUGUGUUCAUAUGAGUGGAUGUAACAAGAAACCAAAGCCUAAACUUGUGUUUUUUCUUAUGCUCUGCACACUUCUUUCUUUUUGCUUGAUUCUUGCCCCACAUCUUCUUCCUUUCCCCACACCCACUCUCUCUCUCCUUUAUCCAUCUGCUGGUGAUCACGAAGCUGUUUCUGAUUCAAAGAUUAAUGUUUGUUCAUCUGUCUCAAAUGGAACGAUUUGUUGCGACAGAAGUAGCAUUCGAUCAGACGUGUGCGUAAUGAAAGGCGAUAUACGAACACAUUCGUCGUCGUUCUCAGUGUUUCUAUACAGUUCCAAGAACUCGGGUGCCGGGGAUCAACAACUCCAGCAAGAAAAGAUCAGACCGUACACUCGAAAAUGGGAGGCAUCAACUAUGGCCACCAUUGAUGAACUUACCCUCAUUGCCAAGAAACCGAAUGCUUCUGUUGAUCAGCACAAAUGCGAUGUGAAUCACGACGUUCCUGCGGUGUUCUUCUCCACCGGAGGCUACACUGGAAAUGUAUACCAUGAGUUCAAUGAUGGGCUGAUUCCAUUAUACAUUACUUCUCAGAAGUACAACAAGAAAGUUGUGUUUGUGAUUCUUGAAUAUCAUGAUUGGUGGAUAACCAAAUACGCGAAUAUCCUCACACAUCUUUCGGAUUUUGAACCGAUUGAUUUUAGUGGUGAUAAGAGGACUCAUUGUUUCUCGGAGUCCAUUGUCGGAUUGAGAAUUCACGAUGAGCUCACAGUGGAUUCGUCAUUGAUGGAAGGUAGCAAAACGAUCAAAGAUUUUCGCGACAUUUUGGACAAAGGGUAUAAACCGCGAAUCCAAGGUCUAAUUCAAGAAGAGGAACGAGAAAACACGCAGUUGAAAAACCCGAUCAAGCUCGUUGGAGAAUCAAAGAAGCCGAAGCUCGUGAUCAUAUCGCGAAACGGGUCGCGCGCGAUAAUGAACGAAAAUGUAUUGGUGAAAAUGGCUUCGAAAAUCGGGUUUUCGGUCACGGUUCUGAAGCCACAGAGGACUUCCGAACUCGCGAAGAUUUACCGCGAACUUUACUCGAGUGAUGUCAUGGUCGGGGUUCACGGGGCCGCCAUGACACAUUUCUUGUUUAUGAAACCGGGUUCGGUUUUUAUUCAAGUUGUGCCUCUAGGUACAACUUGGGCUGCUGAGACAUAUUAUGGCGAACCCGCGAAGAAGCUCGGGUUAAGAUACAUUGGGUAUGAGAUUCUUCCUCGAGAGAGCUCGUUGUAUGAAGAAUAUGAAAGUAACGACCCAGUUCUAAGGGACCCAAAUAGCGUAAACGAUAGAGGGUGGGAUUUCACGAAAAAGAUUUAUCUUGAUCGACAAAAGGUGAGGUUAAAUCUCGCGCGAUUCAGAAAGCGUUUGGUUCGUUCGUAUAUUUAUACGAUGAAGAAGAGGAAUGGGAUGGUGCGGUCACAAUAAAAACAUGAAGAUUGUAACACAUAACCAAAGUUCGAAGCUAGGGUGGAAUUGGUACCAAAUGUAUAAGUUUAGCAGAUUGAAUGAAUGUAUAUGAGAUAUAUCGUAGGAAAAAUAGAUAAAAUGUUACUAUAUUUUUUAAUUCUUUUUAUUCAUACAUGAAUAGGAAUAUUGUUUAUGUAAUG